GCUUGUUGCAGGUUGCUGCAAUAUAAGGGCAGCCAUCAUCUUCUUCAUCGAGGUUCACCACCUUCUUCAUGGUGGUUUGCGGCGCUGUGACUUGAUAUCUGGGGAUGCUGUUUUCAACAGUGGGGUACCAUUGGAGGCUGGGGGUUGUAGGGAGAAGGGUGGCUUUCAUGCCUGAUAUUCCCAGUGGUGGGGGAUUACCCAGGAAACUAAUGGAAGAGUUCCGGAAGAAGUUCUUGGGGAGCUAUGCUCCCCUCACCAUCGUCUUUGAUGGAGCGAAGAAUCUCUACUCUAUCCAGGAGUUGAGAGCCCCAAUGUCUGAGGUCAUCAGUUUCGGGGAAGAUGGCCGGCCGCCCAAGGAGUAUAAGAUAGAGGUGAAACAAGCAUCCAGAUUCGAUCUGAAUGAGCUGAUUCGGUUCUUCCAAGACUCAUCAAGGCAGCUGCCACAGAAUAUCCUACAGAGUCUUGAGGUUGCCCUCCGUGAAGUUCCAGCGAUAAAGUACGUAAAUGUUGGAAGAUUCUUUUUUGAUCCCAUAUUUGGACACACUGGAAUGGGAGGAGGGUUGGUAUCCUUCAACGGCUUUUUUCAAAGUCUCCGGCCUUGCCAACAGGGUCUCAUGGUGAAUAUCGACGCAAAAGGCGAGAACAGAACGGCAUCAGCAAUCCUCAUUCUCAGAUCUUCAAAAUUUUAAAUCCGGAGGCACCUCCUGAACUUGGAAAAAGACCCACAGCAGGGAAAUUGGUGCUGGUCAGACGGUCGAUGGAAAAAUGAAUGGAUUCACGGCCA